AUGAGCGGACUGGGUCUCGAGGUCCUUUUAGAGGGCCUCAUUCCAGAGAUAGCCUAUUCGGGCGAGAAAGGCGUGUCGAUAACCGAGUUGCUGAAAAUCGUUCGCAAGUACCAUUUGAGCCUCAAUGGCCAAGAUGUAGAGAGCUUGGCAUCAAUUGACGAUGCCGACCUCGAAAAGUCGCUGACCGAGGCUGAGAUGGCAUCGGCUCGCUGGGCGUGGGACUGGUUACGUUCCCGUCCUCAGAUUCUCAUCAAUGGCGACCGCCGCUAUAACAAGCUCGAGCUGGACGAGGUUCUCGCUCUCCCUGAAGCUGAUAAAGUCGGCCCAGCACUUGCCGGAGCAUCGUCGAUGAGUGCGCCCGAAAAGGGGCAGAAAGGCAAGAAGGGCUCGAAAAGCAAGGACUUGACCCUCACGGUUCGGCCGAGGAUUCACCCAUCUGAGGAGCUCGUCUGGCAAACAUUAACUCGUCAUGGAGUCGACUACAAGCGAGUUCCUGCGCUGGAAUGGGCCUGUCUUCAGGGCAUUGCUUCAGCCAGGGCCGAAGGUAUCCUUCAAAGCGACCUCCGAAAGCUCGUGAAUCAAGACAAGCGAUCUCUCCCCAAGCGCACAGAUUCUCUCGCUAGGAAGGGCUACAUCGCCAAGCGAACUGUUGUCGUUCAGAAGAUGAAGACUAGUCGAUUGUGGCUGAUUGAUUUUGCCCCUCCCCUGGUCGAAGCAGAUGCAGCUGGUCUGGAUCUGUCGCCUGAGACUCUCAGCAAGGACCUGGAACCUGUUCAGUGGCAUUCCCGUUGGACUGGUAACAACAUCGACAUGGAUGCUCUGGGUCGGACCGCGGUCGGCGUGGUGAAGGCGUUCAACGUGAUGCGGUACUCCGAUCUCAGGUCCAAGAUGGGUGUGGUUGGCAAGCGAUGGCAGAUGAAGACACUGGCCAAGACUUGCCAACGACUGGUUGACAUGGGAAUGCUGAAGUACACGGCUGCCUCCUUUCCGGGCUCGCGCAAGGUGUUCAAGGACUGUCUUAAAUUUAUCAGAGAGCCCACCUCGGAGGAGUGGGAGAAGUUUCUGGCUACUGGCAAAAAGACUUCGCAGUAUUCGGACCCGACCAGGCAUAGAGAGCCCAAGCCGAAUGCACUCGCGCUUUACAAGAAAGCAGACGACAACGAUGAGCAGAAGGGCGGAGAUGAUAAGUCCAAGUUGAAGCGUAUUUUCAGCGGCUGGACGCCGGAGAAGCCGCUUCCGCAGACCGUCUUUGAGGUCAUCAAGAGUGCCGGGCCCGAGGGCGCCUCCAACCCCCAAGUCAGCGUCGCGACUGUCGGCUAUCAACAUCGACGUUACCUGUCCAGCUACCUCACCAAGGUCGCUGAGACCCAGCAGCCGCCACACCUCAAGAAGUUCCAGGUGGUUAGCAAACUUGUGCGCCACGGCAAGACUUCUGCAUACAUGUUUUCGGCGGCGGUCAACAAUCCUGAACAUCAACCUGAAAAGGAAGCCACUCAGACAGAGAGCUCGAACCCCGCCGAUCGGUAUGGUUUUGGCGCCGUGAGGCCGAAGCUGUUUGCUCCAGAGGAAGAGGCAACUCUUUCCAACUUUUCGCGUCUUGCGCGUAAAUCGCGACCGUACGCGAAGCGCAAAACCCUACCUCCUACUCCCAAAGUGGGAGACGUCGUUGCAGAACCUGCACCUGAAACAGCCAGGCAGGCUGAUGUUGAGAUGCAGGAGCUGCCUGCGAGCCAGAAAUCAACAGAAGAGAAGCUUGAGGAGCAGCUGGCAGAGACACCGACCAGUGAACCUGCUCCUCUGGAAGCUAUGGAAGUUGAGCCUACUGCUGUCGAGACUGCUGAAAAGCCAGUCGACACUCAAAAGCACCAGGCGAGAGAACCGGAAGCUGGGCAAGAACCGGGGGAAGAACAGCAAGAGCCUUCUCAAGACGCAGCCAAAGAGGAAGUCCAACAACAGGAGACAUCUGACGAGGCGCUUCCCUCUGGAUUUACUCCAAUCAACAAAGUGCCGCCAAAGAAGCGGGAGGAGAUUGCUUUGAAUGUUCAAUACAACGACAAAUGGGGCAGGCUGCGGCUUUCCUUUGCUGAGAAGAAUCUUGUCUGGCUUCGGUCGGGAAGAGGCCUCAAGAAGCCCCUCAUCAUUCGGAUCGAUGACACCCUACUCGACUCGGAGAUUCAAGAUGUACCAGACAGCAAUGACCGCAGUCUUGUUUUGAAAGUUCAGGUCGACAAAGAUGAAGCUCCCUGGACGUGUGUAUUCAUCCUCGACAAUGAACCCGACAGCCAGCAGAAUGCCAUGGAAAUUCAAGAAGUGAUCGCCAAGAUCAAAGCCGGGGAGGAAGUUGAUCCUGGCGCUGAUGAAGAGGCAGCUCUCGAAGAGACCGACUUUGCGCAAGAUGCCACCGCCGAAGCCACACCCGCAGAAUCGGGAUCACGUCCUCGAGGCAGACCAGCUGGUCGCGGUCGUGGAGGAGCCCGUAGCAAGGGUAAGAAGCCUCGCAGGCCGCCGCUUCCUCCCGGCGUCAAACCUUUCGUGUGCCCAACCUGCGGCGGCGCCUGGAAGAACGACAUUGGUUUGAAAUACCACUUGGAGAAGGCCCAGGUACCCUGCAAUCCCAACUUCGACCCAAACGCAGUCAUUCGCAGACGACGCAGGCAGUCGCCUGUGCCACCGCCGCCUGAGUCUGUUCAGUCUGAUGCUGGGGAGGAGACAGCAGACGUGACUACGGAAAAUGCAACACGCCCGCGACGGGCUAAAGCUGCUGGCAGGGAGAGGAAAGAGGAGAAAAAGAAGCACCGGCCGAGGCCUAAUGUUCGAGCUGCGAUGCGGUCUACGAGGGAUGUUGUGAACGGGUUCCGAGGCGUUGGGGCAGCAGAUCCGGAGCCUGAGGAGGAAAUGGAGAUUGAUUGGGAGGCUGAGAAGGCACGGGUUGUAUCAAGAUACCGCGCUUUUCAGGAGGCCAAACCAGUUGAGCAGCUUGAGCCUCAAUUUGGUGUACCUGCAGCAGCUGAGCAGGGCUUCCUGGUUGCGAAACAUUCCACGCUCUCAGCGCUGCCAGCGUGUCCUUCUACUACGUCAUCUUUCUCCGAGUCAAUGACAUAUCCACGGAGUAUUGCUGCUGCGCAGAACGGGACUACGAAGCUUCCGGAGCAAGCACAAGCACAUAUUGUCUCUGCUUCACUUCCGACAGCACCCUCAACCCCCCCAGAUACCUUGGACCAUUCAGCCACAGCUCAAGGACUUGCCCCAGUGGAGAUCGCCCGAGCCCCGUCCGACAAUACGCAGCAGAGCCCAAUCGACCGAGGCAUAGCUGCUUCUGUAUCGAGUGUUUCGCAAUCCUAUCCUGAACCGCCUUCCUACUCAACCGCCGAAGAAACUGCUCAGUUCACAGCAGCACAAACCGAGGCAGCAACCAACAAGCCCGAAGAAACCAGCCGCAUCAAGCCAUUCAUCCCCUCAAGCUACGACCGCCUGGCGACUGACGCAAAGAAGAGAACAGCCCAGGCGUUCGACAUCAUCAACUACCUCCUCGACAACAACUGCGGCGUCUUCCCCGGCGAAAAGGCUCUCUACUACGCGGUCACUAAGGUCUUCCUGCAAGAGUUCCGGGGCCAGGUGCCGCCCAGCUGGAAAAAUUUCUUAAGCGCUGUUCGAGCAAUCGAGUCACGCAAGCUGGCCACAGUUCAUACCCAUAUGCUGCGUACCGAGCGAGGCAAAUUGCAGACCUGCACACUGCUCAUCCGCAGCGGCGUCGAUCCCAACGGUGUGGUCCCGGCUAUCAUGAAGCAGAAAAUGCGUGAGGCUUAUCCGAGCAUUUUUAUCCCUCCUGCCUUCUCGCCAACCCAAGAGGAGUUGGCACUUCUUCAAGAGCUCGACAAGAAACCCAUGCCACAGCCGAUUGAAACCAAGCCGAACGCCAAUGGGCAAAAGUUCCGCAGCCGGCGUAAGUAUGACGAGGUCGAGGUGUUCAAUGCGCCUUACUACACGCAGAAUGCCGAGACGAUGGAGGUCAAGCGGGAUCCCCUCUGGUUCCGGGAGGAUAGCGAGUUCCCCUAUGCGGGUAGGGGCCCAGGCAGGCCAAGGAAGCGGCCGGUUGAAGAGGGCGCGGAGACGUCGCCACAGAAGAAGGUCAAUGUCUCGGCGCAGGAGAGUUUUGGCAUUCCUUCAGCACCGGCGUCACAGAGCGCUUCAUGUGAGAUCCCUGUUGAUCCUACUAUUUUGACCCUCAGCGCUGGUUCAACGUCGUCUGUCCAGGGGGAACGUGAAACGCCUGCGCAGAACGGUGUUCAGCAGGGCCAAAAUGGCUCUUUCAGCGGCAACGGGACUGGGCCAACCUCUCUCGUUGACGCGAUCAGGGUGUAUAGUCUGCUACCUGCGCGAAUGGGAGGGCGUCGGAAGACCAAUUCUACACCUGAGACAUUGACUAAAGUCCCUCGCGAGGUGGGAAGGAUCAGGAAUCCGGGACUUGCGAGCCUGCCUGGCGAUUUCUGGACAUCUAUCGGCAGCGCUAGGGCUUGGGACAUUCCGGUCGUCAAGUUCUUGGAACCUAAUACGGGCCUUUUUGAUGGCGCCGAGACCGAUGAUGAGGAUGAAGCUGUGGAGGAUUUGGAUGUUACGAUGGAGAAUGCUGAUGCCACACCCGAGGGGGCUAAGAAGCCCAAAGAGUUUACGUUUGUUGAGCCAUCGAUCCUACACGGUUACCAGGGCGCAUGGCCAUCUCUCGAAGCAGACUUCUUCGAACAGCACGACGCCAGCUUCACCAUCGAAUGCUGGAUGCCAGAUCGACAGCAGCUUCUGGCUGAGAAUGUACCGACGAGCGCGGCCGAAAUGGCAGAAAAGCAAAAGGCCGCCAGGAUCCGGCCGCAAGACUGGGUGGACAGGAAGUACGCCAAGUUCUGCUCCCUCGUCAACCAAGUCGCAGCCUGGGAACAGUCCCCCGAGGGAGAAGCCAUCCUAUCGGGGCUGGCCAUUGUGCCGGGCACCACCUUCAUCAACGUCUCCCCUCACCCAUCCCGCUACAACAUGCGCCCUGUCGACCUCAAGUGGUCAGAUGACACUCAAUUCGACCUCGAGACCGUUCCGUACGAUGAUCUGGAAGAGGACGACUAUCUCGAUGUGAACUACGUGGAUUUCCCACCAGGUAAAGGGACAGGCCGACUCCUAGGCGACGUGCCACACAAGCGUCGCAAGAUACAACAACAGCAGCACGCACCCAAGGAGUCGACUUCUACGCAGCCGCGCCGUGCUAUGGGCCGACCGCCUAAGCUCAAGCUGCAGGCGAUCAAGACGAUGCGGGAGCUCACGGCGUACCCCCGGACACCAGACGACUUUCUGCGGCAUCCUGGCGAAGAAGAGGAAGAUCUUAACUGGGCGAGCGAGAACGUCCGGCUGGCGGCGUUCAUCGUGGUUACCACGCUGCUGGGCGGUGUUGAUCGGGUUGUGGACUGGGGCUUAAUGCUGAGGCUGAUGCCAGAUCAGACGAUUAGCCAACUUCGGCACUACUGGUGCAGUCUGAAGAAGGAUCGCAUGUCGACGAUUGUGAGCCUGACGGAGAAGUUUCGGGUUGCGUUCCUUAGGGCGUACGAAAAUGGCGAGCUCCCACCGCUGGAUUACAAUAACGUGCUCGCGUACGACUGGAAGGGCCUUAUCAAGUGGACCACACAGCUCGACGGCAUAGAAAGACGCGAGCUACCCGCUUCCCGUGAGGAACUCGACAAGCACUUCCGCGUGGCUAAGUUCGAGCACGGCAACCGCGAGUGGCGUGAAGCCUUCUUCCAUCCUCAGCGCUCCAUCUUCAACAAGUUUCAGGACGCAACUUCUGAGGCGCUGGCACUCCCCGUCGACGACGAUGUACGCGACUGCGACCGCGGCCGCUACACAGGCUUAAGCACCGACAUGAUUGUCGCGAUGGCCUGGACACGUUCACUCUGCGUGACCCCUGUCGAGGCCUAUUCCGCUGAGAUGGUCCUCCACCGGCGCAACAGCCUCUUCCCGCAGUACAGUAAGACAGAGAUCACCGAGCUAAUCAUGAAGGGUGUCGACGCCCUCCAACGUGACGGCGUCAUCUCCAAGUCGUCCUCGAAAUGGUCCAACGGCCGACGCUGGCGUUUCAACACCCGCGUGCUGGACACACUCGAGAAGCACGCCCAGCAAGAAAAGUUCGUCAAAGCAGCUCAGUUUAAGCGCGAGCUCGACGCCGCUUUCCGCGCUGGUGAAACGAAGCGCGUAACGUAUAUCACCAACGACGGGAUGAUUAUGGCCCUGCUCAACAUGCAAGCCCACGGACGCGUCCGCAUCGAGACGACGGGUCAGCCUAAGGUGCCCAUGGGCCAUGAACCAGGCAACUACGAGACGCGCAAGUACACCAAGAAAUACCUCCACUUCCGGCUCGACGUCGUGCCCACCGAGACCUACCUCUACGAUUCCCCCACAAACCCUGACGAACCUGAUGACUUGGCCGCUCUGCGAGCACGUAUCCGCGCUACCCCGCCUCCGACCCAGGGCCCCAACGGGACUAUACCGGUCUGGUGCGAUGUGUUCAAUAAGGUCGACGCCGAACGCUGGCUGAAGUACCUUAGUGCUGUGCUCAUCACGUUGGCGUCACGAGGAUCGAUGGGGGCGCAGGAGCUGGUCAAGACAUUGAAGCCGGUGAUUAUGUUGUUUGAAGCGGAGAUGAUUCUGGAGUGGUGUCAGCGCUUGGGGGUUGUAGGGAGCCAGAUGGAUGGGCUUGCCGCGGGGGUCAGGGAGUGGUGGUGGGUUGUUGUGGAGGCGCAGAGGGAGGGGUUGAUGGGAUAG